AUGGCAGCGCGCGUGUUCGGACCCUUGAUCACGCAGCCUGCGGCUGGUCGCCACUCGGCGACCCUGAUCAUGCUGCAUGGACUGGGAGAUACAGGCUGGUUUGACCUCAAGAGCCUGGACUCUGACGACCUGCAGGCGGCGAUGGGAGGCAAGGCACUAGACCCGGAGGGCAUCGCAGAGUCCAUCAAGUAUGUGGAUGACCUGAUUGCGGCCGAGGUGGCAGCAGGCACCCCCACCGACCGCAUUGUUCUCGGCGGCUUUAGCCAGGGCGGGCACAUCGCCCUCAAGGCCUUCCUGCGGCACGAGCCAGCGCUGGCCGGCUGCGCGGCGCUUUCCACCUGGCUGGAGCCCUCCAAGAUGCCGGUGGGGAGAGAGUACUCCAAGGAGGCCUUGAGGCGUCCCAUUUUCCUGGCCCAUGGUUCUGCUGAUCCGCUGCUGCCCCCAAUUCUGGCCCAGACAUCGUACAAGACCCUCAACGACGCAGGUGCUUCCUCUGUGGACUUCCGGAUCUACCCCGGCAUGCAGCACAGCAGCUGCCCCGAGGAGAUGUCGGACUUUGCCGCCUUCCUGAAACGCGUGGUCCCGGAUGCGCCUCCCUCGCUGUCUGAUCUGCAGGGCUUCUCUGUGAAGCAGCUCAAGCAGCUGCUGAGCUCCCAGGGCAUCUCGACUAAGGGCAUGUUUGAGAAGCAGGAAUUGCUGGAGGCGGCGUCCAGGCUCGCAAAGUGA